AUGGUCACAGCAGUGGAAAACAAAAAGCGUAAGCGUUCUCACGCAGAAAAAAGACAAAACAAAAAGAAGAAGCAGGAAUCCGAAAAUGAAGAAAGUGCAUCUAUAGAAGAACAAAGCAAACAGAAUGAAAAUUCUGAACAAGAAUCAGCCCAAGAAUCCCAAAACUUGGAAUUUGAGAGUCUUGAAUGUAAUGAAAAUAUCAAAAAAGCCAUCAAAGAUAUGGGCUUUACACAAAUGACACAAGUUCAAGCCAGCACCAUUCCUCCUCUUUUGGAAGGAAAGGACGUAUUGGGCGCAGCAAAGACUGGAUCAGGAAAGACACUUGCGUUUUUAAUACCUGCUAUAGAACUGCUUGUUCGUAAAAAGUUCAAGUCUAGAAAUGGAACCGGUGUUAUUGUUGUCUCUCCUACUCGUGAAUUAGCUAUUCAGAUCUAUGGUGUAGUAGAAGAGCUUUGCAAAUAUACUGAGCAUAUCACACAUGGUAUUGUUAUUGGUGGUGCCAACAGAAAGGCUGAAGCAGAUAAAUUAGUCAAGGGCGUCAACUUGCUUGUCGCUACACCAGGUAGACUCUUAGAUCAUUUACAGAAUACACAAGGAUUCAUUUUCAAAAAAUUACAAGCACUUGUCAUUGAUGAAGCUGAUCGAAUUUUGGAAAUCGGUUUUGAAGAAGAAAUGAAGCAGAUCCUCAGAAUAUUGCCUACAGACCGCCAAAGCAUGCUCUUUUCAGCAACACAGACAACAAAGGUUUCUGAUCUCGCAAAGCUUUCUUUAAAGGGAGACCCAGUUUAUAUUAACGUCGAUGAGCAAAAUGAUACCUCAACAGCAGAAGGAUUAGAACAGGGAUUUGUUACAGUGGAGGCUGAUAAACGAUUUUUGCUUCUCUUCACAUUUUUACGCAAGAAUCAAAAGAAAAAAGCUAUUGUGUUCUUUUCUAGCUGUAAUGCGGUCAAAUUCUAUUCUGAAUUGCUAAACUAUAUCGAUGUACCAGUUAUGGAGUUACAUGGUCGCCAGAAACAACAAAAGCGCACGUCUACAUUCAAUGAGUUCUGUAGUGCGGAGAAAGGAAUUUUAUUAUGUACAGAUGUAGCAGCCAGAGGACUGGAUAUCCCUCAUGUCGACUGGAUCGUCCAAUUUGAUCCUCCAGAUGAUCCUCGUGAUUAUAUUCAUCGCGUUGGUCGCACGGCUCGUGCUGGAAAACAAGGACGUAGUUUACUCUUUUUGUUACCAUCAGAAACCGGUUUCUUGAAAUAUUUGAAGGAUGCCAAGGUUCCCUUGAACGAAUAUCAAUUCCCUUCAAGCAAAGUUGCCAAUGUACAGAGUCAGCUCGAGCAAUUAAUCGAAAAGAACUACUACCUUAAUCAAUCUGCACGCGAUGCUUUCAGGUCCUACUUGCAAUCUUAUGCAACUUAUUCCUUAAAGUCAAUUUUUGACGUUAAUAAGCUUGAUCUUAUGAAGGUAGCUAAAUCAUUUGGUUUCAAGGUUCCACCCAAGGUCAACUUGGCCAUUGCUGCUGCUAAAUAA